AUGGCGGCCCGCCUGCCCCGUCGCCCGACGUGCGCCCUGAGCCUGUCGUCGCUGAGCCCGCAGACGACGACGACGACGUCGCAGCAGGGCCCGUCGGCGGUGCAGUCGCAGUUCCAGACGCGCAACGCGCGGCUGAUCCGGCGGCCGCGGCGGCCGUACCUGUUCACGCAGCUGGUGCAGCUGUCGGACGGGUCGACGUACACGAUGCGCACGGCGUCGCCGCACGCGCUGUACAAGUCGACCAAGGACACGCGCAACCACGUGCUGUGGAACCCGUCCGAGAAGAGCCUCAAGAACGUCGAGGUCGACGAGGCCGGCAAGCUCGCCGCCUUCCGUGGCCGCUUCGGCCGCAGCUGGGACGCCCCCGCCCCCCGGGUCGCGGAGGAGGACGAGGGCGAGGCGGUUGAUGGAGGAGACGUCGAGGGUGCUGACGGCAAGAAGAAGGAGAAGAAGAAGGCGGUCAAUUCUGGGGAAGAAGAGUCCGAUGAUCCGUUUGGCGACCUGAUCAGCCGGUAUGCGAUGAAGGAGACGGAGAAGGGAGGCAAGAAAUGA